GUGAAUGAAGGAAUUUGAAGAAAUAGAAAGAAGUCGCUAAUUUAUGUUAGACGGCGUCUUUAUUUUGAGUUUCAAUUGCUUAACUUUUGUGAUUGUUUCGAAACAUUACGCAGUGCCCUUGGAUCGUUACUUUAGUUAGUUUGACAAAAUUAUCCAAUAUGGGCGAUCAGCAAUUCUUUCUAAAAUGGAACGACUUCCAGACGAAUAUGGUCACAUCGUUUAGGCACUUGAGAGACGAGAAGAGCUUUACAGAUGUAACAUUAGCGUGUGAAGGACAAACGUGUAAAGCGCACAAAAUGGUCCUCUCUGCGUGUAGUCCAUAUUUCAAAAGCUUAUUAGAGGAAAACCCCUCGAAGCACCCGAUAAUAAUCCUGAAGGACGUGUCGUACCUGCAUCUGCAAGCAAUUCUGGAGUUCAUGUACGCCGGCGAGGUGAACGUGUCGCAGGAACAGCUGCCCGCUUUCCUCAAGACUGCUGCCCGGCUCAAGGUCAAGGGCCUAGCGGAGCCCCCACCGCAGAUGCCCAGCAUCAAACGAGAAGGCUAACCCACCGUUGGGCAAGUGCUAAAGACUGUAGUGAACGUAUGAGAAACACCAAUGUAACAUACCAAGUAAACACACCUCUUCGGUCCCACACUUGAGUACCUAUUUGCAAAUUUGUAGAAGGAGGCUCGCACUAUGGUUUUAUAUUGUUUGCACAUUGAUUUUUCAACAUAUUGCACUAAGCCACACUGACAAUACAUUUGUUGUUGAAUUUAUAACGCAUAUUAGUAUAUUAAUAUGAUUUAGUGACCACUGCUAAACGCAAUCAUGUUUUUUUAUAAUAGUACCAUAGUGCUCACUUCCUUCGAACAAUAGAGAAUCUCUUUCAGAUGAAGCAAUAUCUAUUUUAUAGAUUCAAAUCAAUAAUGCCAGUGGCCUUCAAAAUUAUAUUUGUGUAUAUUUUUGUUGGUUUGCUGUGCAGUUUCAAUUGAGAGUUGCGAUUUUGUUAGCCGUCGAUGUUUCACUGUGCUAUACACUCGCAAGAUGGUUUGGCAAGUCAUGAAUUCAUUAUAAUACCAAAUAUAAAAUAGUACCCACCGGCCAGUCUUCAGUAAAUAGUGAAAAAUAGGAUUUAAAAGUUAUUUUUUUACUCCCAUUAUUAAAAGUUGUGGAAUGCCAACGGUUUUCUGUUCAAAAAUAGUACCAUAAACAAUUUUUUUUAUAAUGAGAAUGAACGAUUUGCCAAAUCAUCCGAAAAUAAUAGUUGUUAGGUAUAGUUUUGUUUUACAUAACAAAAUGCAUUGAUGUGAUAGCAUAGGCAAGACAACCUCUACACCCCCUGUAAGUUACCUAGCGACCAAAGUGAAAUUAGAUAUUACUCCAAACUGCUUACUAACAUUGGAACUAUGCUAGCAUAUCAAUUGCCCCCAUAGGUCUAUCCACCAAUGGUUGCCUUACGAUUACUGACGUACGGUCUAUGGGAAUAGAUAUGGUUUACUUUACGUAAGUAACUUAGGUAAAUCACGAUAAGCGACUUACAAAGUCUUUACAUUUGCGAAUUAAUCAUGAGUUAAUUACAUGAGUAUUUAUAAGUAUAAAGCAGCCUUAUAAUCACAAAAAAUAUCACCUUUAACACACAAAACUAAUAUUAUUUCCACAUAAAAAGAAACUCAAUAAAGGUGGUAAUUUAGCGUGAAUUUACAGCUCAUUCAGUCCCAUUCUAUUCCCCAUAACCUUAAUACAAGUUGUGCGCCAAUUUUUACCUUAACGCUUACUUAAUGUAAGCGUCCAUAAAGUUUAUUUUACUGUCAUCAUUUUGAUGCUUAUAUUUAUUUGAAAUCGACAAAUCAUAUUAUCUAUUUUUUGCAAAUCAUGAUAAAAUUGACGUUCAACAUGUGUUUUAAUCGAUAGUGUGACACAGCUUGAUAGUAAUAGAUGUUAACACGUUUCUUGUAAAGAUAUAAUAACUAAUACCUCAGUAAUACGCCGAUAGGUUCGCCUUAAUUGAUAUAAUUAUGGUACUUACCCCUUUUUACCCAAAUUAAGGUUAGCGUCUAAAUUGGAUUUCACAAAUUUAUUUUAUGUUUAGUUUAUUCAAUGCUUAGUGAGCAAGUACUCUUAGAUUCCAAACCUAAUGGUUUCUCUUUUUUUGUGCUUUAUGGUAUUUAUUUAAUGUCAUUGGAAUUUCACAAAUGCAAUAUUAUUAUUAUUUAGCGGUGGUAAGAUACUCUAGGGCGAAUAUUUCGGCGACCUCACUAACUCUUACGUGACCUUGACCUGUAAAUCGAAGUCUUAUCAAGCGUAUUUAUGACAAACAUUUUAAUAUUCAACUCACACCAAUAGGAUAAUUAAUUUUUAUAAUAAUGUAUGUAUCAUAAUAUAAUGUUUCUCAUCAAUACGAAUGUUAUACUUCUGUACAAUUUAUAUUUCAAUAUUUCUUUACAUUUACUUAUUAAUAUGAAUUUCAUAUUUUUAUUAUUUCUACUUUAAAAUCAUUGGAAAAUCAUUUUUCUUUAUUAUGACUAAAUUUGAUAAAAAAUAGUACAAAACCUUUCGAAGGAAGGAAUUUCUUUAUUUUUAAUCAUAUUGACGAUCAAUCAAAUGUCAUCAGAGGCAUAUUGCAUCACACUAAGUUUUCGAAUUCAUUCACUAACUCGUGCCUACAAUGUGUUUAAGAUGUUAUAGAUGCAUAACUUGUGUGGAACAAUAUGGCAUUUUGGGCCUUGUAGUAAUUUGUAAGCGUUGAGAUAAGUGCAAUUUUUUUCUCAUUUUGUAUCAGUGUGUUGAGCAUAACAGUAGGCGAAAUAGUAUUAGGAUCUCACUUGAAUUAAUGAAUAUUCCAGCAUUUCUAUUAACACACUGUAUCGUUUAAUGUUCCCGAGUACUUUAAGUUCUUUUUGGUUCAGCACGUUGGUGUUAACUUUUAUUUUUGUCGUUUUUUGUUUGUCAACAACUUACUGCCACUUUCCGUUUCCCCCAGAUUCUUAUUAAAUAUAACUAUAUUGUUAGCAAAUGUUGUAUAAAAUGUAAAUGAAAUAUUUUUAGACGACAGAGUAAAGGUAUG